AUUUUUUUGUCUUCAAUCUCUCCUCGCCGCCUUCAGCCUCCACCUACCACCGUCCACAGAGAGUUUCAGACCCCUCACCACAUCUCAUGCACACACACACUCACACACAGUCUGUCACACUUCAAAAUGACUUGAUCACCACUCAGUUCCUGAAUCGUGUGGCUGCACAAACUCUAUCUCCUGCUCUCGACUUCGGAAGCCAGCGAUGGUGUGAGCACUCUGCUAGUUUCCUGUCAUUGCAACGCAUGCAUGCAGAGAUAAAGGCGCCACCGACAUUUUGUCAUAUCUCAAGAAAAUAUCCUGAAUGUAAAUUUGUCAGAGUUCACGGCAAAAACCCGCCUUGAACUGGAACACCAACCACUGGGAUUUCUCUACUAAACAGGGAACUUUCUAAACAGGCAUGGAUGAUGAUUACCGACAAUCCACUGUGAAUAUCAUGCUCCUUUCUUUCUUCCUAAUAGCCCUCAUUUUAUUACUGGUCUACCUCUACAAGAAGCUGAACCAGGAGAAUAAUGAAGAAUACACCAUCCGGCGCAUGGUGCUUAAGGAAGGAGGGCUCAGGGACCAGGCGAGGGUCGCAGCAAUAGCUCUGGGGACAGGUCUCAGAGUCCGACUGUGUCCUGGCAGGGAUUCAUUCGAGGAAGGGGAGGAGAUGCAGGAGAUCAGAGAUGAGGAGGGACAGGUGGAGGAGGGGGGUAGCCAGUGGGGUGACAGCGAGGUGGGCAGCCAGGAGGAGGAGGGAAAGGGGGAUAACGUCUCACAUGCUACCUCGAGCUCCGAGGGUUUGAAGGCAGGGGAGCAAACCAGGCUGACGGAUCAGCCGGAGGCAAAAGUGGAGGGGAAAAGGGAGGAAGAGGAGGAGGCGGCAAGCAAAGGGGAGGAAACAGGAGGGUCUGGAUUGCUGAUCGACCUAAAGCAGUUUGCUGGAAGUGCCAUCUGGUCUGAAGAGAAGGGGAUGGAGAGGGAGGUGACUUCUCUGUGAGCUCAGGAGAAGAAGGUGCACUGACCAAAGAAAAUCAUUUACCAGCUUAAAUGAUAUUUCAGUUUGUACCCCGCAAAUGAAUAGUGUUUUUUUCAAGUAACAGUUCAACUGAGUUGAUAUAGCUUAUUCAUUUGAAUUUGAACCAACCUAAUUCAUUUGCAUGUUACCAAUUGAAGUAGCCUAUUUCUUUUUAGCUCGUUAAGCAAUUUUGUAUGUAAUAGAAAUGCUGAUCCUUGUGUGUUUUUCUAGAAAUAAUGAUAAUAAAUACUGGAAUCAUUCUGUAAAACAUCCACUAUGAGUAUUUUUUUAACUACAGAUAAAGUAAAAGCCCUGGUUUUAUUACUUCCUGCUGUGGCUCUGGUAUAAAAAUGCAGACGUACACUGUUGUAUAAGAAUGUUAUGUUUUAUUGUGUCACACUGAUUCAGUUCAGAAAUCAGAUGUUCUAAUUGUUGUGUAGUGUAAAAUGUUUUUUGAGAAUAAAAACAGAAAAAUACAAACAGA